AUGUCGUUUCCGGACUUGAGCGUGGAGGUGGUUACCGCCUUUGGCUUGAAAGCUUGGCGUGAUCUAGCGCGUUGUUUUGUAGAAUAUGAGAAGCAACACUUCGACAAUCGACAACCAGACUACGAAUACCUUCAAAGCGCACCAGUUUGUGGGGUACUACUGUUUGCCAUGGAAAGUCCACACGAGCACCAACAGAGCCUCUUGCUCUCUAGAAUCAUAACAAACGUGGAGAAGCUCAAUGAAGCAAUCAUGCAGUUGAACAAGAAUCUGCAGGAGAUUAACAUUCAGAAUAUGGAUGUGGAGUUGGUUGCCCAGAUGUUCAAGAACUAUCAGUCGAACGUGCUAUUCCAUCUUGAAGCCACCGACAGCCUCAAGGAGCCAGCAUGACCCUGCCGAUGGACUCUGUGCGAAGUCGAUAGAAAUUUGCUUGCUUUUUGCACAUACUGAAUUAUGGGGAACGAGAUCAUGGCGUUUGGAAUGGUACCGGUGGCUUUUAGAGAUAUAGUCACGUGACUGAAGAUUGGGCGCCUCACUUGGUUCAGCAGAGGUCGUCGCCGCAUCACUAUACCACUUCACAGAUCGAAUACAAUG